AUGCCCUCUCCCAGACAGUGGAUAUCACCUCCAAAUCGGAAAACAACUGCCCUGUCGCAUUUACCAACAAUAAAUACGGUAACUGUAAUCUAUUGUGGGUCUCCCGAGGAGAUGGACACCAGUCAUACUGAGAUGAAGAGAGAAAAAGACAUCAGCUGCUGA